GCAGGCUCUCUUGAGCUGUAUUUCGUCUUUCUCGUCCCCGGCGGCUUCGAAACCCUAAACCCUCGAGUUCUCGCCUCCGCGAGUCUCUCUCCAAUGGAUACUCAGACGGAGACGCGUGCUCCAACAUUCGUCUACCACGCUCUGAGCCCACUCUCGUUCCCGCUUUCUGACCAAUCUACGCCAUUGAAUCAAUCUCCUGACUAUGACGAUUCGCAACGAUACUCCGUUUUCCGCAACGAGAUUUCCCUGUCGACCCUCGAUCCCACAUCGGUAGCAUCGUCGGCGCCGGAUUUUUUCUCACUCGAUGUCGGUGCCGGUCCGGAUGGUCCCGACCCGGUUGGGGAUCGGUUCGAGGGGGCCGAACCCGCGACGCCUGUGGUUUCGACGAAGAAGAACAAAAAGAGGAAGAAAGGUGGAGAAGCAGAAGAAAAAAGCAUGGAACCAAUGUUGGAGAGCAACUGGUUUAGCGGGAAUAGUUGUUCUAAGAUCCCAAUGCUCCAGUUGCAUAAAGAAAUAGUUGAGUUCUGUGAGUUUCUAUCACCGACUCAAGAAGAAAGGGCAAAACGAGAUGAAGCCGUGGAAAGUGUCUUAGGGGUGAUUAAAUAUAUCUGGCCAAGUUGCAAGGUCGAGGUUUUUGGGUCAUACCGGACGGGACUUUAUCUUCCUACAAGUGAUAUUGAUGUUGUGAUUCUGGAAUCAGGUAUCACGAAACCUCAACUUGGUUUACGAGCACUUUCCAAGGCAUUGGCACAAAGGGGAAUUGCAAAAAAUAUACAGGUUAUCGGUAAGGCUCGUGUCCCUAUUAUUAAGUUUGUCGAGAAGAAAAGUGACAUUGCAUUUGAUCUAAGUUUUGAUAUGGAUAAUGGACCAAAGGCAGCUGAGUUUAUACAGGAUGCAGUAUCAAGAUGGCCUCCUCUACGACCGUUGUGUCUAAUUUUAAAAGUAUUUUUACAGCAGAGAGAACUCAACGAGGUGUAUUCUGGUGGAAUCGGUUCAUAUGCCCUCCUUGCAAUGCUCAUAACGUUUCUUAAGUUCCUCAAUGAUGGUCGAACCUCCCCAGAACAUAACUUGGGAGUUCUACUGGUUAAAUUCUUUGACCUUUAUGGACGAAAGUUGAACACCAUAGAUGUUGGUAUAUCUUGCAAAAUGGGAGGUUCAUUCUAUUCAAAGAGCAGCAAAGGUUUUGUGAAUAACAAUCGGCCUGGUCUCAUCUCCAUUGAAGAUCCGCAGGCACCAGAGAAUGAUGUUGGCAAGAACUCUUUCAACUAUUUCCAGAUCCGCUCAGCCUUUGCAAUGGCCUUCUCGACGUUAUCAAACGCGAAAACCAUUCAAGCAUUAGGACAGAACAGAAGCAUCCUGGGGACAAUAAUCAGACCAGACCCGGUUUUGCUACAGCGGAAAGGAGGCCAGAACGGGGAUGUCACAUUCAGCACCUUGCUUCCUGGAGCCGGUGAGCCACUCCACACCAACGGCCAAAGCGGCGGGCUUUUCUGCAAUUGGCAGCUUGACGGUGAGGACGAUGAGCCAUUCCCAAGAGGGCAUGGCUUGAAUAACGGCGACGUUUCCGCCAUUGCAGAGUCCUCAAGAAAGAAAAGGAGAGCUUCGUCUAGAAAGAAGAAGAAGGGGGAAGGAGGAGAUGCAGUGGCAAGUGAGCCGAGGGGAGAGAGAGAAGUGAGUUCUAAGAAGAGAAGGGGGAGGAAGUUGAAGCAGAAGAACCCGAUUCCCACCACCGCCAUGUAUCAGUGGAGCUAUUAGAAGGUUCGGACACAUCCAUGGAACUCCCAACCUCUUGUCUGCUGAGAAACGAGAUAGGUGUUUCGGAGGCGCAGACAUGAACCCUCUGACGCUGGCGGAAGCUUCCAUGUAAAUUAGAUUUUUGGCCUAAAGAGUCUCUCCAUUCUUGUAACGAUUACAACUAAUAAUCAAAUUUAAGCAGAAUCUAAAGGUUACGAAUUUGGCUGUUUAGAAUUAUAUUUAACUUCGUUAUUGUUAAUUUGUUAUAGUGUUGGUUUAUCGUU